UAUUGUUCCCAAUCCACCUUUUAUCCUCUCUAGAGUCUCUGGGUAUUGAGAUGGCAGCCAUGGCGACACAAGCAGCAUUGCCUGGCACCAUUGUUGGUCGUGAGUUCCAGGGCCUCAAAGCCAGCACCAGCUUCAGCCGUGCUCAGACCACCACCCUCGCCCUGCCGUCGCUGAGAUGCAGAGGCAAAGGAGCUCUCGGAGCACGAUGCGGCUUCAUUGGAUCACCCACGAAUCUGAUAAUGGUUGCUUGCACGACGUUGUCUCUCAUCGCCGGGCGAUUUGGAUUGGCACCGUCAGCUAACCGGCAGGCGCUGGCUGGGUUGAAGCUGGUGGACAGAGACUCGGGUCUCCAAACCGGUGAUCCCGCGGGAUUCACAGGAAGCGACACGGUCGCCUUCGGUGUGGUUGGCCACAUUGCGGGUGUUGGCAUUGUUCUUGGCCUCAAAGCCCUUGGAAGCAUUCCAUAGAGUGCCUGGGCACUUGUGUAUAUUCGUUGACAAGAAGGAACACGAAGAAAACAUUGGAUGAAA